CAGGAUGAGAUGGCUGAGCUGAAGAACCACUUCCAACUGCAGCUCCUGCAGGAGAUGAAGAAGACAACCCAGGCCGAGGAGCAGCUGCGGCAGCGCGCGCAGAUGGAGGAGCGACGCGUGGCCAACCUGGAGGGACAAGUGUCCGAGGUGUCCGAGCUCCUCGGCACCUAUGAGAAGGCCAAGCAGAAGGAUCAGCAGGUCAUCCAGAAGCUCAAGGAACGCAUCGUGCAGCUGGACCUGGAGAACAAGACCUUGGCCAUCGCUGCCUCCAGCCGAUCCCCCGUGGACAUCCACCCAGAGGAAGCCAACCUGGAUGUGAAUGUCCUGAAAGAUAAGAUGGAGAAGCUGAAGAAGCUGCUGCAGGCAGCAGCCAGGAAGAGCCAAGGCGUGGUGGACGUGGAGAAGCUCUGUGAGGCAGAGCUGCCCAGGGGCUUCGAGGCCGGGGAUGGCGAGAAGGCCACAGCUGCGUACUACCAGCAGGAGCUGAAGCAGCUGAAGGACGAGUUCGAGCGGUACAAGGUGAGGGCACAGGUGGUCCUCAAGAACAAGUCAUCCAAGGACAUCAACUUGGCCAAAGAGCUGGAGGAAGCACAGGAGCAGCUGGCUGAGCUCAAGGAGAAGUAUGUGGCGCUCCAGUUGGCCUCUGAUGACCUGGAGAAGCAGCACCAGCAGGACAUGGAGGCCAAGAAGCAGGAGCUGUCCCAGCAGCAGCAGCUGCACCGGCAGGAGCUGGAGAGGUGCCAGCUGGAGUACCGGGAGAGGGCCCUGAGGCUGGAGGAGGAGAUGCACAAGCAGCGCGACAGGGCCCUGGCCGUGCUGGCCGAGAAGGACCAGGAGCUGGAGCAGCUCAGGGCCCUCAUGCUGCCCCACGGGCUCCAAGGCUCCAAGAACUCCCUGGAGGUCACCCAGGGUGACCCCCCAGGCCAGGAGUCCCUGGAGGUUCUCCGUCUGUGCUCCAGCUCCGAGCCGACCUUCUUCCUGUACGCGGAGCAGCUGGCGCGCAAGGAGGUGGAGAUCACGGCGCUGCGCAAGCACAAGCACACGCUGGAGGGGCAGCUCCACCAGCUCCAGGAGAAGGUCCUGGCCGAGGAGGAGAAGCACAGGGAGGAGGUGUUGUCCCUGCAGAGUGAAAUCCAGAAGAACUUCCGGGACAGGAGCAGGGAGGGAGCCAACCUGGAGUACCUGAAGAACAUCGUGUUCCGGUUCCUGACGCUGCCCGAUGCGCUGGGCCGGCAGCAAACCCUCUCGGCCAUCCUCACCAUCCUGCACUUCAGCCCAGAGGAGAAGCAAACCAUCACCAAGCACUCGGCCCACAGCCCCUGGUGGCUCUAUGGGAAGAGAUGA